AUGCUCCGCUGGGCAGCUGCGUUGCAUCACUGGAGGGCCUUCUUCCUGCUCAUGAGUCUCACUCCCCAGAUGGCUUGGCACUCCGGGACCCACCUACUUCAGGAGGUGAAGCUGAGGUCGGGAGGUGCACAAGUCCUGGAGGGCUGCAUUGCCGAGAUCCACAACAUCACCAGCUUGGACAUCUCCGACAAUGCUCAAGCAGAGGUCACCAUCAUCAUCAAUGCCCUGGGAAGCAACACCUCCCUGACCAAAGUGGACAUCAGUGGGAAUGGAAUGGGGGACAUGGGAGCAAAGAUGCUGGCCAAAGCUCUGCAGAUCAACACCAAGCUCAGGACUGUGAUAUGGGACAAGAACAACAUCACUGCACAAGGCUUUCAGGACAUAGCUGUUGCUCUGGAAAAGAACUACACUUUGAGAUUCAUGCUGAUUCCCAUGUACGAUGCUUCUCAAGCCCUUAAAACAAACCCUGAGAAGACAGAAGAGGCUCUGCAAAAGAUAGAAAACUACCUGCUCCGGAACCAUGAGACCAGAAAGUACCUUCAAGAGCAGGCCUACCGCCUCCAGCAGGGCAUCGUCACCAGCACCACCCAGCAGAUGAUUGACAGAAUCUGUGUGAAAGUACAAGACCACCUCAACUCCCUUCGGAACUGUGGGGAAGAUGCUGUCCAGAAGGAUCUGAAGUCGGCAGAACCACUCAUGCGUGAUGCUAAGAACUCUAAGACGUUUGAAAUGGUCUAA